AACAAAACUCCAGCGGAUUCAAGAGAGAUACUCAAUUGUACGCAGCAAAAACCAUCAUGACCCUGCUGAUUAAAAACUGCGCGAAUUCGCCCCAACCAUGCUCAUUUUCAGAUUUCCAAAAACUCUUCUCUUUCUGUUCUUUGCAGAGGAAAAAAGAGAGCUGAGAAACAACCACCACUUUUUUCCACUUUGAAACAAGACGUCACCGUGCAGCAAGACGCACACGCACACACACACCUCUUCAGUGACAACAAGUACACCCUAUGUACCUAUCAUCACUGUCCUCAGUUGCUCGGAGGUCGGGCGCUACCCUUUCCAGGGGCACACGACCACCACCAACAACACUAUCAACAACAUCAACACUCAACACCACAACACCCUUUGCCUCUGUAUUCCGCCAAAAACAUGCAUCAAAUCAGCAAACCAGAAGCAGCUCCCACUCCCCUAUGGGCACGCCACCCACCAACCCCCGCAAAAAGGUCACCAUCGGUACCCUCCGAGCCAUGCACAAGAGGGGUGAGCCUAUCACCAUGAUCACUGCCCAUGACUUCCCCAGCGCCCAUGUAGCAGAUGCCGCCGGCAUGGACAUGGUCCUCGUCGGCGACAGCCUUGCCAUGGUGGCCCUCGGCAUGGAAGAUACAUCAGAGGUUCUUCUGGAAGAGAUGCUGUUACACUGUCGAUCCGUUGCACGUGCCACCCGAGCUGCCUUUACUAUUGGUGACCUUCCCAUGGGCUCAUACGAGAUCGCCCCGGAACAGGCUCUCGAGACAGCCAUCCGGUUUGUCAAAGAGGGCCGCAUGCAAGGCAUCAAGCUUGAAGGCGGCAAAGAGAUGGCUCCCACCAUUGCCAAAAUCACCAGAGCCGGCAUUCCAGUACUUGGCCAUGUAGGCCUCACUCCUCAACGGCAGAAUGCCCUGGGUGGUUUCAGAGUCCAAGGCAAGACGUCUGACGGUGCUAUGAAGGUGCUGGAAGAUGCACUCGCCAUUCAAGAAGCCGGGUGCUUUGCCAUGGUCCUGGAGGCAGUCCCUGCCGAGGUGGCAUCCAUCAUCACUGAUAAGCUCUCUGUUCCAACUAUUGGCAUUGGUGCUGGAAACGGCUGCUCUGGUCAGGUGCUUGUGCAGGUCGACAUGACGGGCAACUUUCCCCCUGGAAGGUUCCUCCCCAAGUUUGUCAAGAAGUAUGGCGAUGUCUGGUCAGAGAGUCUCCGGGCCAUUGAGACUUAUCGAGACGAGGUCAAGAGUCGGCAAUAUCCUGCCCCUGAGCACACGUACCCGAUUCCAAAGGACGAGCUCGAGGCGUUCGCGGAGACGGUCAAGGAUGUGUAAAGAAUAUUGGAAUUUGGGGGUGUUGGAUGCUUCGCAUGGCGUGGUUGUCCCUUUUGCACUUGGGUUCAGCGUUGUGGUUUAUUGUAUGCAUUGGCGGUAACUGGUUUUCUGUUUGGCCAUUUGAUUGCAUUUUGGCGGAUACCAUGUUGUGUUGAUAGGUAGUUAGGAUGCCUUUGGUGCGUUUCAUCAAAGGACUCUUCAAAUAAUACUCAAGGAUAAUAGGUUCAUGCUUUUGACUGGGACACAUAACUUUGUCGC